GAUACAAGACUUGUAUACAGCAGGAAGAUAAUUGAGACAGCAGCUUGUCUGUAUAUUAAAAGGUAUAUCAACAUUAGGUUAGUGAUGUGUACUUCCCAUAUAUACGACAAGUGGUAUGAGGGUGGUAUUAGUGACGUGUACUGCCCAUAUAUACGAGAAGUGGUAUCAGGAUGUUAUUAGGAUGUAACGUAUUGGGAAACUAUUUAAAAUAUAAGAAGUGGUACAAGGGUGUUAUUACAGAUUUAAAGUUUUACAGUGGAUUUGAAAGCGUGUAAAACGUUUUAAAAUAUUAUAAGUUGGAAGUGGUAUGAGGGUGUUAUUGAAGAUAUAUAAAGUGUUUAUAGUGAAACCUGUCAACUAUGUAAAAUAUUAUAAGUUAGAAGUGGUAUGAGGGUGUUAUUAAAGAUAUAUAAAGUGUUUAUAGUCAACUAUGUAAAAUAUUAUAAAUGUUUAACUAAUGUUUUAAACAAGUUGUGUAACAUUAUAAAUAGAUACAAGUACUAGCCUAUGAAGUUGAUUGAAGGCUGGUUAAUUUUAUAGAAGUAAUUAAGGCGUGUUAUAAACAACAUUUAAUUAGACGAUGUACGGGUUAUUGUUUGAGAGUAUCCAGCACUAUAUUAAAGAAGAUUAUGGUGAAGAAGAAUGGUUGAAGAUAUUAGAAGAUGCUGGUUUAAAGAAUAUGGUGUUCACCACACAUAAUGUCUAUAAAGAUCAGAUUAUGUUAAAUCUAGCAUCUAGUUGUAGCAACAUCCUCAAGGACAGAACUAUGGAUGGAUUCCUGGGUUACUUUGGAACUUGUUUUGUCAAUUUCUGUGCUGGAUAUGGUUAUGAUAAAAUAUUACGCGUGGCUGGUCGCCAUUAUCGGGAUUUCCUCAACGGAAUAGACAACCUCCACGAGACUAUACGCUUCAGUUACCCCAGAUUGAAAAGUCCGUCAUUCAUCGUGGAGACCGAGGACGCAUAUGGUUGUGUUUUAGUUUAUAGGUCUAUACGUCACGGAUUUAGUUCUUACGUCAUUGGACAAUUACGCCAAUGUGCAAAACAGUUUUAUAAUGUCGACGUGGAGGUCCGAAUACUGGAACAGCUAGAACAAAAUGGCCGCUAUCAUACCACCUUCCGGUUAAACUUUCAUAACAAGGGAUUUAAACCGGAAAACGAAAAGAAGGCAGCAAUAAGCGAAGAGUUUAGAACUAUUAGUGGUGCUACAUUUUUUAAGUUGUUUCCAUUUUGUAUUGUGUUUGACAACACAAUGACAAUCCGCCAUGUUGGUGAAAGUUUAGCCACUAUGAUGGGAGAGGUCAAGGACACUAAAAUCACAGAUAAAUUCAAUCUACGGAGACCUCUCGUGGAGUUCACGUGGGAUAUCAUUCUGAGUUUUCAAACUGUUAUAUUUGAAUUAGAAGCUUGUAGAUAUAUUGAUGGUUCUUCCAAAUUAAGUGCUUCCAAAAAAUGUACACAUUACAAAAAACUACUACUGAAAGGACAACUAAAAUAUCUUCCAGAUUGGAAAAUGGUUGCAUUUCUCUGUACGCCAUUAAUAACUGAUUUAGAAGAUAUGCAGAAAACUGGUUUAUUUAUGAAUGAUCUGAAUAUGUAUGAUAAUAGUCAAGAAAUGGUUUUAUGUGGCUGGCAUAAUGCUUCACAACUCGAACAUCGUGUUGAUCAGCAAGUGGAAGCCAGUCGUCAAAUUGCCGAGAAUCUACAGAAACUAGAUCAAUGGCGACGUAAGGGUGAUACAUUACUUUAUUCUAUGAUGCCAAGAAGUAUUGCUAUACGAUUAAAAAAUGGUGAAGAUCCUAUCAACACUUGUGAGUCGUUUGACAGUGUAUCUGUGAUGUUUUGUUAUUCAGUUGUUUGA